UGUUGAAUAGACGAUCUCCGCAGGGAACCGGAAACAUCCGCUCCUCUGCUUCCGUUUUCCCCGCCCACAGUCAGCCGUUUCUCGGCUGUUUGCAAACAGUACCAUCCUGCGUGGUUCCGCGGCUCCGUCCAGGAUGGGGGAGAACGACGACAGCGACAUCAUAGAGCACCACGUUGAGGAGGAGAUGGAGAAGAAAACAGCGAGGAUCCACGCCGUGUCCUCCCCGCUGCUGGAGAGUCUUAGUCCGUCCGAGAGAGAGGGCCACAGCAGCACCCAGUCCUCCCACAGACUGCUGGCCUACAGUGAUGCCCUCAUCUCCAUCAUUGCCACAGUCAUGAUAUUACCUGUUGCCCACACCAAAGUGGAAGAUAAUGAGGAGCUGAGGGAGAGUGUUCAGCUUCUGCUAACAACAAAGAUCGGUGUGUAUCUGAUGACCUUCCUGAUCGUGACUGUUGCCUGGGCUGCUCAUAUCAGGUUAUUCCAGGUCAUAGUGCACAUUGAUGAUUGCCUUGCUCUGCUCAACCUUGCCUGCAUGAUGCUGAUAACCUUUCUGCCGUACACAUUUUCCUUAAUGGCGACCUUCCCUGAGAACAUCCUCGGGAUUUUACUCUUUUGUGGUUGUGUGAUGGUGAUCGGAGUGAUUCAGUCGGUGAUCGUCUUGUACGCCUUCAGCCGGCCCUUCCUGCUGAACGAUCAGAUCCAGAUCUCAGAGAACCAGACCUUCUAUAAACACCACAUCCUCAAAGUCAUCAUGAGGGUUCCCAUCAUGUGCUUCUUCGCCAGCAUCUUCUCCUUCAUCUUCUUCCAGCUGUCUUACGCUCUCCUAGCCAUCAUCAUCUUCCUGCCCUACAUCUCCCAGAGCCUGAAGUGGUGUCGCAGCAAAGCGAUCGGUCAGGUGGAGGAGACGCCAGACUCCAUGUUGUUUUACACCUACCUUCCUAAUGAGCCGCUCAGCAAGGAACGAGUGGAGUCUUUCAGCGAUGGCGUCUAUGCCAUUGUAGCAACACUUCUCAUCUUGGACAUAUGCGAGGACAACGUUCCCGACCCGUCAGUCGUGGAGAAGCAGUUUGGCGGCAGCCUGGUAGCGGCCCUGCAGGUCUACGGCCCGGAGUAUCUCGCCUACUUUGGUUCCUUUGCCACAGUCGGACUCCUCUGGUUCGUCCACCAUUCUCUCUUCCUCCAUGUCACCAAAGCGACGCGCUUCAUGAGCUUGCUGAACACCUUCUCUCUGGCGUUUGUUGGAGGGUUACCUUUAGCCUAUCAGCUCACGCACGAGUUCCCGCGCAACUCGCAGAACGAACUUGAAGCCAUUCAGAUUAGCUGCGUGAUCAUUUUCUUCGCUGGUAUGUUUCAGCUCUCCAUCUGGGUGGUGGCGCUUUACAACGAGCAGGAAACACUGCACCCUUAUGUUUGGUACGGUGGACGUGAGCAUGUGUUUAUGCUUGCUAAGCUAGCUCUGUACCCCUGUGUUGCUUUGGGGACGUUUUUCCUGACCUGCAUCUUGAGUAAAUUUAGCGCCUCCAUCUUCCACCUGAUGGAGAUCACGGUGCCUUUUGCCUUUCUUGUGCUGAGGCUCUUGGUGCGUAUCGGGCUGGCACUGUUUCGCUUCAUUUUCUGUCCCAACAGGUCCGAUCUGACGACCGUCGUGGACGACGAAACAAGAGUGCCGUUUAAUGCUGUAGUUACCUAGAAGCUUCGUGAUCAGGUCUGAGGGGCCUUACUGCUGAGAGGUGGGUUUUAUAUCCAGAACCAAGUGGACAGAAGUUUACUCCCUUUCUAACAGCCAUUUGUUCACAAGUCGGAUUAGAUGCUUUCCCACGCUGAAGGCGAGAUACAGAUCCUGUAGAGAUAAAGGAAGUGACUUGAUAGAUAUGGCACUGAUGCAGACAGCCAAGAUGCGUUCCUUUCAUUUCCUGUUCAGUUACUACUGCUGGUGUGAUCAGCACAUGGCACUCCGUCCAGCUGCUUAAUGUUGUACUGCUGUCCACGCAUCCAAAUGGGAUGUCAUUUUAUUAGCAUGUUUAGAUUUUUUGUGUUUUAUCACAAUGAGGACCUGAAGGUUGAGCGACUAAAGAGUUUCAUUUGUGUUAUCGAAGCUAAACUGUCUGUUACCAGAAAGCCAGUACUUAAAGGCAUAGUUCAGGAAAUUUGGGAUGAGAGUUCAUGAGCAGAAAGUACUUGAAGUAACUAGGGUUGAAACCUACAUACAUACCUUUCCGUUGUAUUUGGCAGAAUUGCCUUUUCCACAAACUACUCACAAUAUUUCCACCCUCCUCCCGACAGAACCAGUGAAACUGAGUCAGGUUUGUGUCCUUAAGUCACUUUGUACCCAAUUUGGUACCAUGUUUUGGGUGAUUGUCCAUUUGCAAAACCUAUUGAAGAUGUUGCUUCUUGUUCUUUCCUCAUGAUGCCAUCUACUUUGUGAAGCCCUCCCACCUGCAACAAGAACACCCCCACAACAUGAUGGUCCCACCCCCAUACACCAGAGUUAGGAUCAUAUUUUGAGACUUGCAAGCCUGCCUCUCUUUCCUCCAAAUGUGACAACGGUCAUUACAGCCAAACACCUCAGUUUUAUUUUCAUCAGACAACAAGGCAAGAAUGUAUAAAAAUCUAAACUUCAUUUUAAGCCUUAAUUAACUGAGGGGCAAAGAACUCACACCAAGGAAUAUUUUUACAUGGUUUCAGUGGUUGUUCAGAAGACUCUUUGCUGCAAGUUCUCCAACAGUGAGUUUUGCAGAUUUUUAAUCUCUUACUAUCCUACUCACUGUGGGUAUAUAUAAGAUAAUCCUGGUCUUGGUCCAGCCAAGUGUUGAGUGAUGUCAUUGUCACGCCAUAUUUAUACCCCGGGAAAACAGGAAGGUAUGGAGUUCCCAGAAACUCUGGUAAACUGAUAGAAAAAAGUUUAAGAGAUUGUUUGGAGUACAAAAUAAUCAUUUCCUAAUAUGGGAUUGAAUGAAUGUACUUAAAUUAACAUUUAGGUAAUUAUGCUGCUGAUAUGAAAGAUUUGCCUUUUUUAAGGUUUUUUACAUAUUUUUAGCAGGGGCUACAAUAGGGGCUAUGAUUGUUUACGCUGAAGACAACGUUGGUCCUUGGUUUGUACCAAUGAACAUGUUUGAUUCAAGUAUGAAAUAUUUUAGGUAUGAUCAGCAGGAGUAACUACUGUAAAUUAAUGUGUGGACAUGUCAAGAGUUAUCUACUUCAGGUAAGGAAGAUACUAACUGCUCAUAACCUCUCCACGGAACCAAACCUGAACUAUCCCUUCAAGGUGUGGAAGCUUAGGCACUUUAAAACCUGUCCUGAGCAGGAAGAGCCAUAAAGUUCAUCAUUGCCUUAUUUUAUUAAUUACAUAAAUAGCUGACGCCCCUGACAUGUAAGUAAAAACCAAAGCAAUGACUUAGAAAUCAGUUCAAAUAAAUAUUUAAUCGAGAACUAAAAGAACAAACAUCAAACGUUGAAAUGGAUGUUUCUGAAACAAUGAAACAUGAGGAGGUUUUUGACUGUGUUGCAUCAACACCGACCCUCUGGGAGCUGGAAACAGAUUCCCAUUUUUGCUUGCAGUUCAGUUUGUGUUUUUCCUUCUGUCGUUCUUUGUUUUAGAAUAAACAAAUAUUAUUUUUCAAUAAAUGAUGGCUGCGGAUUUGGUAUCAGUAUCUUUGUCCAGUAGGGGUCACUGUUCUUUUAAGUAGUGAUGACACUAGUGGAUUGAAAUCUAAUGUGCACUUUAUUUAAAAUCCACAAAAAUCAUGUAAGAAAAAGGGUUUUGGUCUGGUUUCUAUGUUUUCUGUAUUUCUUUGUUUGCAGCCUGCACUGUUUUCCAUUUUGAUCCUGAUUAUGUUUUAUUUGAAUGAGGAUUAAAAUGUUUCCCGUCCUGUCAUUAAAAAAAAAUCCUUGUUUCACAAGUCAUGGUUGCAAAGCAGUGGCAUUCUAGCCAUAAAUGCUGUGUUUGUGGCACUAAACAUUUUUAAUGUGUUGCAUUGUGCAGUUGUUUUAUUUGUACAUCAAUAAAAAUGAACUGUUAAGCUUC